AUGGCGAACACGAGUGCCGUAUUACCUACCAUCCCUCGGGACCCCUGGCCAGUCAUCGCCCAACGCAAACAAGACGCACGAUCACAUCUCCUUCCCAAAGAAUGGCUCGUCCCCCAAGCCGUUCUCGAGUUGUAUACUUCCAGUCCUUUAGCCAACGUCAUCAACAUUCCCAUUGAAUGUGGGAUGCUGACGGCUCGUGAACUCGAAAUCACCGGCACCCACGACGCAGUGUCACUGCUCGACAUGCUCAGGAAGGGUCUCGUUGAAGGCGGCUACACCGCCGAAGAAGUGGUCACAGCAUUCUGCAAGCGAGCCACAAUCGCUCAACAAGUCACGAACUGCCUAACGGAAAUCUUCUUCACACCCGCCAUCCAACGUGCCCGACAGCUGGACGUCGACCGCGCUGCCGAUCCCAACACUCCCCUCCCACCACUCUGGGGUCUUCCAAUUUCCUUGAAAGACUGUUUCCAGAUCCCCGGUUUGGAUUCGACGAUCGGCCUGAUUCACUUCGCUGAGAAGCCAUGCAAAAGCUAUUCCGCCCUGCCCAAACUCCUACUCGACCUGGGUGCCGUAUUCUACUGCAAGACCAAUGUCCCGCAGACCAUGAUGACAGCUGACUCGGACAACAAUGCGUUCGGUCGAACUCUGAACCCCCAUAACAAGCGGCUCACUGCCGGCGGAAGUUCAGGUGGUGAAGCAGCGCUGAUCGCAAUGCGUGGGAGUAUCGUCGGGAUUGGCACCGAUAUCGCAGGGAGUAUCCGUAUCCCAGCCCAUUGUUGUGGCGUGUAUGGUUUCAAGCCAUCCGAGCGAAUUGUGCCGUAUGCUGGACAACAGAACCCCGCGGCGCCGGGACAUGCGGGAAUUUUGCCAGUUGCGGGACCGUUGGCGACGAGUAUGAGGAGUUGUGAGUUGAUCAUGAAGACGAUCAUGAGCCAUGACCCGUGGAAGCUCGAUGUAAAUUGUUUGCAUAUUCCGUGGCGAGGACUCAAGGCGCCCAACGAAGGAAGAUUGAGGAUUGGUGUUGUCGAGGACGAUGGGAUGCUGACGGCGACACCACCGAUGAGACGGGCACUGUCAGAAGCAAAGGAAAAGCUCGAGAAAGCAGGAAUGAGGCUGGUGGACAUCAGAUUGCCGAACGUUGCAAGAGACAUUGGCACAGCUUGGACGUCUUAUUCUCUGGAAGGAUGCAAGACUGUCCUGGAUUACAUCGCGGCGGCCGAUGAACCCCUCGUGGAGUCUGUCAAGCGUAUCGGUUUAGUGUCGAUGCCAGCCAAAUCAUUGCAUGACUUGUUCGCGUGGAAUGUUGCCCGCGAAGAGGCCGAGACUGCAUACCGAGAUCUCUGGCUCGAGAGCAAACUCGACGCAAUCCUCAAUCCACUUGCACCAUACACUGCACCUCCAAUUGAUUGUUGGUCAGCAGUCGGACUGGCAUUGUGGAACUUGGUGGAUUAUCCUUCGUGCAUUAUUCCAGUCGGGAAAGUCGAAGAACGAGACGUUGUCGACCAUGCAGCCAAGUACGGCGAGGACGAUGAUAAAGUAUACUCGAUGUAUACUGGUCCGGAGGAUUAUAGGGAUGCUCCAACGACGAUUCAGCUCGUGGGAAUGAAGCAGGAGGACGAGCGCCUGGCGGUAAUGGCGGUAAUUGUUGACAGCAUUUUGCAUGCUUGAUGAGCCCCUGCCCUUCAUUUUUGCGUUGAAGCUCCAUGGAAAC